UCCGCGGGGGCGCGCACAUGAGAUCCGUCUCCAAAACGCGCACCGAUGGCGCUGUGAGGGGCGUCGCGCUCACAAGUAGGACUCCCGUGGAUUUGUGGGCUGUUUUUUUUUGUUUUUCUUUUCUUUUUUGAAGCUUUCCACCUUUCCUGGCUCCAGCUGCUUCAGGGGGGACAAGAAUCCCAACUAUGGAUUACUCGUUAUGCGUGAUUUUCCUCCUGACGACCAUCUCGUCGGGCUCGACCGGACAUUUCCCAACAGCGCAGAUGAUAAAAGAAUGGGUGGACCAGAUGCAGAAAGACUUGAUCACGAUGACAGACACAGCCAGCAGUCUGGACAGCCUGGUUCAGAUUUAUGAAAGACACAGGACUCACUUCAGCGUGGAGUCCAACAACGCGAGGGAGCUGGUGUCGACGGCGGCGGCCGACAUCGAGAGACUGCUGGCGAACCGCUCCCACGCCCUGGAGAGGCUGGUGACAGAAGCAGAGGGUCUGCAGAGGAAGCACGUGUGGACGGAGACCAGCAAGGCUAAUGAACUCUUUUACUACAACGCCAAAGAUGGAAUAAAUAAAACGGUACUGGAGGACAAGCAAAGCUCUGAAGACGGAUGGGACAAGAAGAACCGAUACAUUCCUGACGAUUUGGAGUUCGACCUGGACUUCAGACGGCUCGUCUCGUACAACGCCACGGCCGUGCACAUCCCCACGGACAUUUACGAAGGCUCCACCAUCAUUCUGAACGAGCUGAACUGGACGGAUGCGCUGAAGGACGUCUUCCAGAGGAACAAGGAGGAAGACCCGUCGCUGCUGUGGCAGGUGUUCGGCUCGGCCACGGGCCUGGCCCGGUACUACCCAGCGUCCCCUUGGAUCGACACGAGCACCACACGGGACAAGAUUGAUCAGUACGACGUGCGCAGACGACCGUGGUACAUUCAGGGGGCGGCGUCACCCAAAGACAUGCUGAUCCUGGUGGACGCGAGUGGAAGUGUAUCUGGUCUCACCCUCAAACUCAUCAAGAUCUCCGUGAGCAACAUGCUGGAGACGCUGUCCGACGACGACUACGUCAACGUGGUGGCUUUCAACAAGACGGCCCGGUCGGCGGCCUGCUUCGAUAACCUGGUGCAGGCCAACGUGAGGAACAAGAGGAUCCUCAAGGACGCCGCGCAGAAUAUCAAGGCGGAGGGCAUCACCAACUACACCAGCGGGUUCGAGAUGGCGUUUGGGCAGCUGGCUCAGCUGAACGUGUCGAGAGCCAACUGUAACAAGAUUAUAAUGCUGUUCACGGACGGAGGGGAGGAGCGGGCGCAGGAGAUCUUUGAGAGGUUCAACCCCAAGCAGGCGGUGCGCAUCUUCACGUUUUCAGUGGGACAGCACAGCUACGACAAGGGGCCCAUACAGUGGAUGGCCUGCGCCAACAAAGGUUAUUACUACGAGAUCCCGUCCAUCGGUGCCAUCCGCAUCAACACCCAGGAGUACCUGGAUGUCCUGGGGAGGCCGAUGGUCAAGGCGGACAGACGCUCCAGGGCCGACAAGAAGGCCAAGCAGGUCCAAUGGACCAACGUCUACCUGGACGCGCUGGAGCUGGGCCUUGUGAUUACUGGAACCCUGCCGGUCUUCAACAAGACCGACACAGGCUCAAAGAAAACUCAGAACCAGCUCAUCCUGGGGGUCAUGGCUAUUGAUGUGUCCCUGGACGACAUCAAGAGGCUCACUCCUCGCUUCACAUUCGGGCCCAACGGCUACUACUUUGCUAUCGACCCCAACGGAUACGUGCUGCUGCACCCGAACCUGCAGCCUCUGACCGCCAGGUUUGACGAACCCGUGACGCUCGACUUCCUGGACGCAGAGCUGGAGAACGACGUCAAAGUGGAGAUGAGGAGAAAGAUGAUCGACGGCCUGACGGGAGACUACACCAUGUCUACUCUGGUGAAAUCUCAGGACGAGCGCUACAUUGACCAAGGCACGAGGAUGUACACCUUUGCCCCCGUGAAGGGAACCGACUACAGCCUGGCCCUGGUCCUCCCCGAGUACAGCAUGCACUACAUCCGAGCCACGAUCGGCGACACCAUCACCCAGGCCAAAUUUUCUGAGAGCCUGCUGGCGGACAAGUUUGAUGAGUACGGCUACACGUUCAUCGCGCCAAGGAUGUACUGUAAGGACCUGGAUCUGCCCGACAAGUACACAAACAACACCGAGUUCCUCAUGGACUUUAACAACUACAUCGACACCAAGACUCCCAACAAUCCCAUGUGUAACGUGGAACUGGUGAACCGGCUGCUCCUGGACGCCGGCAUCACCUCCGACCUGAUUAAGAUCUGGAAGGAGACCGAGUUGCCGGAUGGAGUCGCUGCCCGAUUCGUUGCCACUGAUGGAGGGAUAACGCGAGUUUACCCCAAGAGCGCCGGGCUGAACUGGAAGGGAGAAGCAGAAACAUACGAGUCGAGUUUCUACAAGCGAAGUUUGGACAAUAAUCUGUACAUCUUCACUCCGACGCCGUACAGCGACAAAGAGAGGGAGCCGAGGGACAACAACAGCUACUACGAGCCAGUGAGUGAAGACUUGAUCCUGGUGAGUAAAGCUGUGAACAUCAUGAUCGACGGCAUCGAGCUCAAGCCAGCUGUGGUCGGAGUGCAGUUGGACGUCAACGACUGGAUGGAGAGCUUCAUCAACACCACCAGGAGGAUGAAUUGCAAUGAUGAGAUCUGCGGCUGCACGAGGAACAACAAGUACAUCGACUGCGUCAUUGUGGAUGACGGGGGAUUCCUGGUGAUGUCCAACCAAGACGAGUACAUAACUAAGAUCGGGGAUUUCUACGGCGUCAUCGACUCGGUCCUCAUGAGGACGCUGGUCAACGCGACCCUGUUCACCUCCAAGAGCACCUACGACUACCAGUCGCUGUGCGACCCCAAGAGGGAGAGCAAGACGGCGGCCGGGCCGCGCUCCGUCUACGUGCCCACUAUUGCAGACAUACUGAAUUUAGGAUGGUGGGCGACAGCUGCGACCUGGUCAAUACUGCAGCAGAUGCUGGUCAGCAUCACUUUACCCACUUUUCUGGAUGCAGGUGAAAUUGACGAUGACAUGUUUGAUGCGAAGACGAAGGAAGUUUGCAUCACGGAGCAAACUCAGUACUUCCUUCCAAAUGACGAGGUUUCUUUCAGAGGCUCGGUGGACUGUGAAAACUGCUCCAGGCUCUACCACGCUGAAAAGCUGCCCGAGACGAACCUGGUCUUUAUCAUCUCUGAUGCGAAAGACACCUGCUUAUCUUGUCGCUCGGCGCCGCUGAUACAGGAGGAGCAGCAGUCUGAAGGGCCCGACCCCUGUGUCAUGGCUCAAAACCCCCGCCACCGGAAGGGGCCUGCAAGCUGUUUUGAUAACAAUGAACACGAGAAGGACGCCGACUGUGGCGGCGUGUCCGGCCUGAGCCCAUCGCUCUGGCUCAUCGUGGCCCUUCAGGCGGCGCUGAUCUGGGCGGCGGCCGACUGCAGACACCACGCCGUCCCGUCAUGACCUCCGACCCGCGCCGUCCAGUCCAGCCCUGCACCUCCUGACGCUCCCUCCGGAUCACCAUGGUUACCAGCACGCAGCGCCGCCUCCGACGCCACGACGUCCCACCAGAAGCGCCUCUCACCCCACAUUCUGCCGAUUUCAUCUUUAAAACGUUUACUUUGGGGGGGGCUGGGCGGGGUUGGGGGGUUGGGGAUGUGAUUUUACCAGAGUACAAGUGCCAGAGAAAUGUGUGUGAGAGGAUAGAGAUUUAACGACGCCGGCCCUCCGUCAGAGUCGUCUGAGUCCCGGACUCGACCCGGCGUGAUGUCAUCGCUGAAAACGACCGGACCGCCUUACAGCACGACCGUAACCACCAUGAGGCGCUUGUUUCGUUCACCACUGCCAGAAACACUGCUGCCCUUCGCAUAAGUAGGUUUAGUUUGGAAUGGACUUGCAGUGCUUAGUUGUUAGGUGUUUUUUAUUAUUAUUAUUAUUUUAUAGAGGGUAUGCAUUGAUGUCACUUUCCCACUGGCCCCCUUACCCUCACUGAGUGGCAAAAAUGUCUGCAACUAGUGGAGAAGACGGGAUAACAGACGAUUUUCGGCUUAAAUUAAAGUCAGUUGGACUUGACAGUGACCCGUACAGUUACCCCAAGAACCAGUGGUCCAUGGACAUUAAUAUUUGGCCACGAAUCCAGUUUCCUGAUAUUUAUAUGUACUUAAUUUCUACACCGGGGAAAUACACGA